AUGAGCGUCAGAAGUCGAACCGGUUGCUUGAAUUGCAAGAAACGGAAACGCCGUUGCGGAGAGGAGAGACCUGCAUGUAGAAACUGUGAGGUCCGAGGAUUCGACUGUUCCUAUCUGUUCGAAACGACGCAACCAGCGCCAUUGCGCUUCAAGAUCUCUCUCGGCAAAGGACACCGAUUUUCUCCAAAACGACGAAACCGUUGGCAAUUCCUCAGCGUAUCCUACCAUGAUGCAGAUGUAUUAUUAUGCGAACAGUAUCACCAUCUUCCGACACCGUCCUCGAAACAAAGUAUAGAUCGCGACAAUCAACCAGACGAUUGCCCCACCAGACUCAACACGGAACCUUCGCCCUUCACAGCUCUUCUGAUAGACUGCAGCGAGCUAGAAACCCAGCUAUUCCAAUACUAUCUGCAGGUCAUAUGCAGGGUCCGAGUCUUCCAAGACGAGCCGCGCAACAAAUUCCGCUCGCUCGUCAUCCCCUUCUGCUCGCGCCGCAAGCCCCUCUGGUACGCCGUGCUCUCGAUGAGCGCGAACGACCGCCGAGCAGAAGAGGCGGUGACGACGACCACCAUCAACUACGCCCAACUCUCCCUCUCCUACAAAUCCCUCGCCCUGCAGCUCCUCCGCGAGUCCCUCACACAGAUGGAGGACGUGAACGAAGCCCUCAUGACGUGUCUGAUCCUAUGCUCGCUCGAGAUCGCCUGCGGCUGUCGCCCGGACUGGGUGCGCCACGCGCAAGGUGCCUUCGCCAUCAUCAACAGCUACGGCUCAGCCAUCGACCCGGAGAUCUUCUUCUUCACCCAAAGUUAUUUCCAGUCUCGCGCCCUUUUCUUCCGCACCACAGGCUGCAACCCACCGCAGCAUCAGACAACAACCACCACCACCACCACCCCGCCAGACCACCACCCUUCCACCCUCUCCAAAACCCCAACACCACCAAAAACAACCACCUCGCAGCACCUGCCCCCCGAAAUCUUCCCCUGGGACAUCUACCUCCACGACACGGCCCACAAAACCACCUACCAACCGCACAUCGGCUGCUCGCUCGGCCUCCUGGACAUCAUCGCACGGGCCACCGACCUCGUCACGCACAAACAACACCUGCGCUCCAGCGGCACCAGCUCGCUCGCCUCCGAGGGCGCAAUGAUGCACCAAGCGAUGCAGCUGCGCAGCGAGCUCGACGCCCUGGCCGAGGUAUAUCCCCCCGCCCCUCCCACCCCCACGGAAGACGGCGAGUACCUGGCCACCUGCGGCCAGUGCUUCCGGCUGGCGGCCGACCUCUACCUCCAGCUGGCCUGCGACAUCCCGCUGACGCAGCCGACCCUGCAGAAACUGCUGGGCCGGCUGCUCGACCGCAUCGGCCGGGUCAUCCGCGAGGACCAGGAGCGGCAGCUGUUCCCCAUGUGGCCGCUGUUCCUGGCGGGGUGCCUGUCGGCGGCGGACGAGGCGCGCGUGCGCGUGCUGACCUACUUCUCGUAUCUGACGCAGUCGUGGCCCGUGAGCAACGUGGGCGUGGCGCGCGAGGCGAUGGAGACGGUCUGGAAGUACCGGGAUCUCAAUCCGCAUGAUUCUCCGGCAAGUGGGCUGGAUUGGCAGGGGAUUCUGGGGCGGAUGAAUUGGACACUUGCCUUGUCGUAG